AUGGCGGAUGAGGCCCCUCGUGUGCCCAUGGCGUUCCCUAAAACCCUGCUCUUCUGCCUGCUGGUCAUGGUGGUCCCUAAAGGCUGGGCUCAGGCAGCCAUCACCCCAGGCUGCCACCUGCACCCCUUCAACGUGACAGUACGAAGUGACCGCCAAGGCACCUGCCAGGGCUCCCAUGUGGCGCAGGCCUGCGUGGGCCACUGCGAGUCCAGUGCCUUCCCCUCCCGGCGCUCAGUGCUGGUAGCCAGCGGCUAUCGUCACAACAUCACCUCCGUCUCCCAAUGCUGCACCAUCAGUGGCCUGAAGAAGGUGAAGGUGCGGCUGCAGUGUGCAGGGAGCCGGAGGGAGGACCUGGAAAUCUUCACAGCCAGGGCCUGUCAGUGUGACAUGUGCCGUCUCUCACGCUACUAG